GAUUUUCGUUGCGGUUGCUGAGUAAAAUUUAAAAGUGAAGGCGCUAUCAUUUAUGCAACGCUUCGAAGGUACUUUGUUGCACCGUCGUGGCAACUUGAGUUCAAGGAACUACCCGCACACCGUGCACUCUAGUACUUUACAUAGACCUAUUAGUGUUGCUAUAACCAACUUGUGCUCGCAGAAAUUUGUGGUGGUUUUGGCGAUAAUAUGCAUAUUGUCUGUGGUUCUUAUCAAGUCCCAGGUUCUGAGCGAAGUAGAAAGCAGCGAGAUGAUGACAAGGAACAAACUGGAACCCUUUCCUUGGAGUGUUGACAGACAGCUUUCUUCCCCGAAAGGCGCGACAGUAACAAGUGGCGCGAAUGGUUUGGCAGGUCCUUCACAAAGUGCUAUUUCUCCAAGUGACGGAAGUACGAAUCAGGGUUCUGGGAGCAACUCUAAAACAUCUUCCUUUACAAGUAGUACUUCUUCAUCGCAAGGUAAGCACUAUUUCUCGUUUGGUUUGAGGAGAGGGAGUAUGAGCGUAGAAAGUAUUCAACAAUCCGAUCCGACCAAUAAUAACGAUAAUAACAACAAUAAUAAUAACGCCCUAUUCUCUUCUUCAGCGUCAUCAUUAAGCGCUUCUAAUAGUUUUGGAACGACUUCGACUUCUUCGUCUCCUCCGAGUCAGUUGGUGUCGCAUACUCCACUGACUAGUUCGACUUUGCCGACUGUUAGCACUACUGCUUCUCUGCCUCAGACCUCUCCGUCGUCAAGCGUCGCCACUUCAAAAAGUGAGCGUGCUACUUCGUCAACUUCUUUAUCCCCUAGCACAGCUCAACCUAGCUCUAUUGUUACCUCGACAGGUGGUAUUGGUUCUCAAAGUAGUAUAGGAGGAAUAAGUAUAUCUCCUACUGCAAAAACUACACCAACAGUGAGUUCUUCAGCCAGUGCUACAAACCCAGCAACCUUUAGUUCGACACCAAAAGCAGCAAGUAGUUCUACACCUCUCACCUCUCUGAGCUCAGCUUCAGCUACAAGUGCUUCUUCUGCGAUACCGUCGAGCUUCUCUUCUUCAGGCGUGUUCAGUGUGUUUCCUUCCCUACUAUCGACAGGUUUUUCCUCUCCCGAUCCUACAGAAGCACCUGAUCCUACAGAGGCACCACAUCCCACAGAAGCACCUGAACCUACACAAACUCCAAGUGCCACUCUGUUAGGAGCCCUGAGCCCGCGCAGUUCUGGAAGUACCGGUAAGGCGGUUUCGGCCACUUCGGUGCCUUCUACCACCUUAAGUGGAGCAGCCGCGUCACCAACUCCAACGGCGGAUCCAACAGCUACAAAGACUCCUACUCCUACGAAGUCUCCAACUUCUUCUCCAACGCCAAGUGCCACUCCUAGUCCGUCACCCACAAAGUCUUCUACUCCUGAUCCGACGCCGACGAGUUCUCCCACUCCAACAAAGACUCCUUCUCCAACACCAACAAGGACGCCUAUUCCUUCUCCAACACCUGUACCUACGCCAACUCCGACAAAGUCUCCGACUCCUUCUCCAACAAGAACCCCAGCUCCGGAUCCCGUGACGACAAGAACACCUUCUCCUACUCCAGCAAAGUCUCCAACUCCUACACCAACUCCAGUACCGGUGACGAAAACGCCUUCUCCUACUCCAGCAAAGUCUCCUACUUCUACACCAACUCCAGUAUUGGUGACGAAAACGCCUUCUCCUACUCCAGCAAAGUCUCCUACUUCUACACCAACUCCAGUAUUGGUGACGAAAACGCCUUCUCCAACUCCAACAACAGACUCCUACUUCUACACCAACUCCAGUAUUCAGCGCCUACAACACCGUCACCUUCUCCAACUCCGACUCCAACAAGGUACUCCAACGCCGUCUCCAACACCAUCACCUUCGCCAACUCCAAGUCCGACUCCAAGUCCGAACUCCAAGUCCGACUCCAACGGUACGUGAUAUUCUUGUUUAUUUUUGUGUCUUUACUUAUUGCUUCGUAGGCGACACCAAUACCAACGCAGAUUGUACCAAGUAAGAUUCUGGUUUUUUCUAUUUACCGCUUUAACCUAGCUUCUGUUUUUUUAUAUAGCUCCUGAGCCAGGUCAAUUUGCUGUGAAUGUUGAAGCUGACUUAGCAGGUGUUACUGCGCAAAGUUUUAAUUCUCCACAGAAUAACUCAGCUUUCAGAACAGCUUUGAAUAAGGAUUUGUCGAGUCAGAUAGGAGCUUCUGGUAUUAAUACAACCUUUGCGCGUGCCGGUUCGACACCAUUUGCUAAUCUUUCAAGUCCUAAGGCAGUUAGAAUAUUUUUCCUAGAAGGAAGCAAUUUUUACAAUUAUUGGUUUCGCAGUGUAAAAGGUGUCGCAGAUGCCUCACUAUUGCUGCAAGUUACUGCACCUUCUCAAUCCAUAGCGAAUUCUGUGAAAGCUGCAUUUGACAAUGGAAGUGUUCUUAAUUCAGCCCUUCAAUCUGU